AUGUCAUUCCGUAGGCGAACAUUGCUCAAGGUCAUCGUCCUCGGCGAUAGUGGGGUGGGUAAAACGUCAUUGAUGAACCAAUAUGUACAUAAGAAAUUCAGUCAGCAGUAUAAAGCUACCAUUGGGGCAGAUUUUGUCACCAAGGAACUUCAAAUCGACGACCGUCUUGUGACUCUUCAAAUAUGGGACACUGCCGGCCAGGAGAGAUUUCAGAGUCUUGGAGUUGCAUUUUAUAGAGGGGCGGAUUGUUGCGUUCUGGUAUAUGAUGUCAAUGUAAUGAGGUCCUUUGAUACUCUCGACAACUGGCAUGAAGAAUUUCUCAAACAGGCAAACCCUCCUGAUCUAAAGAAGUUCCCCUUUAUAUUACUAGGAAACAAGAUCGAUAUAGAUGGUGGAAAUAGCAGAGUGGUUUCUGAGAGGAAAGCCAAGGAAUGGUGUGCAUCGAAAGGGAACAUACCGUACUUCGAGACAUCUGCAAAAGAGGAUUACAAUGUUGAUGCUGCAUUCUUGUGCAUUGCGAAGAAUGCUUUAGACAAUGAGCAUGAGCAGAGCAUAUAUUUCCAGGGCAUGCCGGAGGCUGUUUCUGAAUCAGAACAACAAGGUGGUUGUGCAUGUUGA